AUGUCGAUUUCGUGUGCAGAGGCUGCAGCCUUGGCCAAAUACAUAGAUGGACCUACUUUGGUCGGAAUAUUCUUGAAUGUCAUGUUGUAUGGAGUAAUGGUCACUCAGACGUUCUUCUACUUCUCUAACUAUCCGGCAGACGCGAGAUGGGUCAAGUGUUAUGUUGCAAUCCUCUUCUUCGCGGAUACGUUAAACACUAUAUUCAACAUAGCGUUCAUCUACAAUGUACUUGUGAACAAUUUUGGAAACGCCACGAGCGUAACUGUUGCAAACUGGCUGUUCGAGACAGAGGAGUCGAUGGUUGGCAUUAUCGCAAUGCAGGCUCAGAUAUUCUACAUCUGGCGUAUUCACAAACUCACGGGCCUACGAUGGCUCGUUUGCAUACUGAUUGUGACCUCUGUGGUUGGCUGCCUCGGAGGAAUUGCCUCAUCUAUCGUUGUGGCAUUCAGGCCCAUCUUCACUCAAUUUGGGCGGUAUAAGGAAGCUGUCAUAGUCUGGCUCGGUGCAGCUGCCAUUACGGACAUAAUGAUUACAUCCACACUUGUAUGGUAUCUGCGAAAGAAACGCUCGGCUUUCCCUCGCACCAACACCAUCGUGUCGAGAAUAAUCCAACUGACCGUGUCCAACGGUCUGUUGACUGCGAGUUUUGCAGUUGCAGAUGUGAUCGCGUUUGUAUGUCAGGCGGGAGGCUUACAUCUGGCCUUCAACUAUCCCUUGUGCAAGCUUUACGGAAACUCCGUGAUGGCCAGCUUGAAUUCGCGAGCGAUUCUGAUCCACAGUAGCGACAACGUCGUUGUAUCGACGUUCCGAGCGGCACCGCGAAACUCACAAGACCCCAAAAAUGUCUCGCCGAGUCAGGCUGCGCAGGUUACAGUAAACGUCGAGGUGCACCAGAUGACCGAUAUAUCGGAACAGACAUCGAAACAGGAUUGGCCAGAAACAAGGUCAAUAGACAUGAAGAACGGAAAUGCCGUCUGA